CGGGCCGGGCCACCUGCCUGCUGUACUGAAUGUGAGAGAGCGAGGUACAGGCUGCGUCGCUCUGAUGAGGCCCGCGGGGUUGUGAGCGGGCUGGGAAAGUCCCCUCGCUGGCGGCUCCGGGCCUGUCAGGAAGAGCUGCCUGGGCAGCAGCAACGCAGUGGCUCGCUGGGCCGAGGAUGAGAAGCUUUCUGUUCUGGAUUUAGCCCUUGACAGCGUUGACACAGAAUCGUUAAACAAAUGUUGGAUCCUCUAGGAAUUUUCCCUUGUAACUGCUGUACGACUAUGUCACCAGAUCAUCUUUCUUGAAUAUAACUGCUUAUUUAUAAAGUUUUCAUCACAAUGAAUUCAGGCUUAUGGAGUCAAGAAAAAGCCAGUUCAUCCUAUUGGGAAGAGCGUAUCUUUUAUUUGCUUCUCCAGGAAUGCAGUGUUUUAGACAAACAAAAUCAAAAGCUUUUGAAAGUACCCAAGGGUAGCCUAAGCCAGUUUAUUCAAGAUCGUUCUUCUGUGGGACACGGCAGAAAUAUCCCUUCUAAAGGCAAGAAAAUGCAGAUUUGUUUAAAGGUUCUGGAACAGCCGCAUCCAGUCCUGUUUGUGGAUGAGAAAGAUGUAAUAGAAAUAAAUGAGAAACUAGCUGAGUUGCUUUUGGCUAUUACCAACUGUGAGGAAAGAUACAGCCUGUUUAAAAGCAAAAGCCGAUUAAGUAAAGGCCUGCACAUAGAUGUUGGUUCCCCUGUGAGAGUACAGCUCAGGUCAGGAGAUGAUAAAUUUCCUGGAGUUGUUCGCUUCCGGGGACCCUUGUUACAAGACAGACUAUUAUCCGGGAUAUUUUUUGGAGUAGAACUACUGGAAGAAGGUCGUGGCCAAGGCUUUACUGAUGGACAGUACCAAGGAAAACAGUUUUUCAGAUGUGAUGAGGAUUGUGGAGUUUUUGUUGCCUUGGACAAACUAGAGUUGGUGGAAGAUGAUGACAAUGAACUGGAAAGUGAUUAUGCAGCUCCAGUUGACACGAUGCAGGUAGAACUUCCGCCUUUGGAGAUCAACUCCAGGGUUUCUCUGAAGAUAGGAGAAGGUAUAGAGUAUGGGACAGUUAUAUUCUGUGAUGUCUUACCAGGAAACGAAAGUUUAGGAUACGUUGUUGGAGUGGACAUGGAUAAUCCUAUAGGGAACUGGGAUGGAAGAUACAAUGGAAUACAACUCUGCAGUUUUGCAAGUGUAGAAAGUACACUUCUCUUGCAUAUCAAUGAUGUUAUCCCAGAGACUGCAUCACAGGAGAGGAGAGUUCCCAAACUUACCUUUGCCUCAAGAGGUAGUGGUGACAAAAGCUUAUUCAAUCAUAGUAAGCAAAAGGUCACAGGAUCUACCUCCGAGCCUGGAAAUAGAAACAGAUCAGAAUUUUUUUAUACAUUAAAUGGCUCUUCAGUUGAUUCUCAACCACAAACUAAAUCAAAAAACACAUGGUACAUUGACGAAGUUGCUGAAGACCCUGCAAAAUCACUUGCCGACUCAUCUUCUGGAUUUGGUCAUUCUUCACCACCACUACAGCCGCCUCCAACAAACUGUUUAUCUAAUGAAAAUAGAUUUCACUCUCUGCCUUUUAGCCUGACAAAAACAUCUAAUACUAAUGGUACUAUUGGACAUAGUCCCCUCUCUCUGUCUGUUCAAUCAGUUAUUGGGGAUUUGAACACUCCUGCCACCCAGGAAAGUCCAUCAACAGUAAUACCUGUCAAUAACUUGCAUGGUCUUGAAGCAGGUUCACUGGCUGAAGUUAAAGAGAAUCCUCCUUUCUAUGGAGUAAUCCGCUGGAUUGGUCAGCCACCAGGCGUAAAUGACGUAUUGGCUGGAUUGGAACUGGAAGAUGAAUGCGCAAGCUGUACAGAUGGAACAUUUAAAGGAACUAGAUACUUCACCUGUGCCCCCAAAAAGGCUCUCUUUGUUAAACUCAAGAGCUGCAGGCCAGAUUCUAGGUUUGCGUCACUGCAGCCUGUUCCCAACCAGAUUGAACGCUGCAACUCUCUAGCCUUUGGAGGAUACUUAAGUGAAGUGGUAGAAGAAAACACUCCUCCAAAAACAGGAAAAGAAGGUUUAGAGACCAUGAUUGGAAAGAAGAAAGGUAUCCAGGGUCAUUACAAUUCCUGUUACUUAGACUCCACCCUAUUCUGCCUGUUUUCUUUUAGCUCUGUUUUGGACACUGUUUUACUUAGACCUAAAGAAAAGAAUGAUGUAGAAUAUUAUAGUGAAACUCAAGAGCUGCUAAGGACAGAGAUUGUAAACCCUCUGCGGAUUUACGGAUAUGUGUGCGCCACAAAAAUAAUGAAAUUGAGGAAAAUACUUGAAAAAGUUGAAGCUGCAUCAGGAUUCACUUCUGAGGAAAAAGAUCCAGAAGAAUUCUUGAAUAUUUUAUUUCAUCAUAUUUUAAGAGUAGAACCACUGUUAAAAAUAAGAUCAGCAGGUCAAAAGGUACAAGACUGUUAUUUCUAUCAAAUUUUUAUGGAGAAAAAUGAGAAAGUUGGAGUCCCGACAAUUCAGCAGUUACUGGAAUGGUCUUUUAUCAACAGUAGCCUGAAGUUUGCAGAGGCACCCUCAUGUCUGAUUAUUCAGAUGCCUCGAUUUGGAAAAGACUUCAAAAUGUUCAACAAAAUAUUUCCAUCUCUGGAAUUAAAUAUAACAGACUUACUUGAAGACACUCCUAGGCAGUGCCGUAUAUGUGGAGGACUUGCAAUGUAUGAGUGCAGAGAAUGUUAUGAAGAUACUGACAUUUCUGCUGGAAAAAUCAAGCAGUUUUGUAAAACCUGCAACACACAAGUUCACCUACAUCCCAAGAGACAGAGUCAUAAAUUCAAUCCAGUGUCACUUCCUAAAGAUCUACCAGACUGGGACUGGAGACAUGGAUGUAUCCCUUGCCAGAAGAUGGAGUUAUUUGCUGUUCUCUGCAUAGAAACAAGCCAUUAUGUAGCUUUUGUUAAAUAUGGGAAGGAUGACUCCGCCUGGCUCUUCUUUGACAGCAUGGCAGAUCGGGAUGGAGGCCAGAAUGGUUUUAACAUUCCACAAGUUACACCAUGCCCAGAAGUUGGAGAGUACCUAAAAAUGUCUCUAGAAGAACUACAUUCACUGGAUUCCAGAAAAAUUCAAGGAUGCACACGAAGACUACUUUGUGAUGCUUACAUGUGCAUGUAUCAGAGCCCAACCAUGAGCUUGUACAAAUGAACAUUAUACUCUGGAGAGGAGAAAAAACUGUACGCAGAUUUCUACUGUUGCAUUCACUAUACAUCUUAGUCAGUUUUGAUGCAACUGUUGCCAGCAAUGGAUGCUAUUAUAGAGGGAAAGCUGACUGCUGGAGCAAAAAGAUGGAUGUUUUAAAAACUACAUGUAGAGUUCUAUUGUUGCAAUAUUUAAUAAGCAUUUUGCACUCUAGGGUGUGUGUGUGUGUGUGUGUGUGUGUGUUUGUUUCAUAAACAAAGUCUAACUGAAGUUGCUAAAAACUAAAGCUUUAAGUUAAGUGCAUUGAUAAUAUGUUGAUUUUUGAAAUGAGAAAAUCCUCCUUAGUCCAUUGAAAAUGUAAACACAUGCUGUAUACUUGCUCAGUGUAUUUCUGUGGACCAAGGAUGAUUUCUUUCUUUUUUUUUUUUUUUUUUUUUUUUUUUUUUUUUUCUCUGUAGCAACAGUUGCCUUCAGGAAGGAAUAAUUUUGGUUUUAAUAAGAUUGGCUGAUUUUAAACCGAUCAUUACAAUUUACUUCUGUGGUCUUGUUAACCCUUAGCAGUCUACUAAUAUCAUGCAUGUCUACUUCUAUAGAAUUUCAGGUCUUCACAACACCCAUAAUCUCAAAACUGCUCUAUUCCUUGAGUUUUAUUUUAUUCCUGUUUUAUUUGGGAAAGUCAAACAUACCUUCCUUUCGUAUGUGAUGCUUUUCUUCAGGGACUGGGGCAAUACUGUCCAAGCAUAACCGUAGAUACAUAAACUAUUUUGUGGAACAUAAAAUUUAAAUAUAUACAAAUGUUUGGAUGGCAAGCUAAACAAUGUGGCUUAUUGCCUCAGGGAGUGUUAAUAAAGUAGAAUCUGUAGUCCUUAGUAAAACAAAGUUGACACUUUGACUAUCCUACAACAUACUGAGCUGCUAUAUGUAAUAGGUCUAAAUUUUUCAUUGUUUGGCAUCGGUAAUGUUAAAAAUAUAACAUCAGGAAAGAUAAAAUUAUAAAUUGAAAAAAUAGCAUUUUAAACAUAUUACUUGGUACCUGGUACGUAAGAACAAAAAAUAAAUUACACUAUUUUAAAAAAAUCACUGUAAAGUAUUAUUGAUACAAUUGGAAGUUGAUUCUUAUUUGCAAUGGAAUUCUACUGUAUUAAUUGCCUUUCAGCUACUUCUGUCUAAACUAUUUUAAAAAAUUGUUUAGAAAUGUCAUGUGUACAGCAAAAUUUGGAUGUUGUAGAAAUUAUAGGUCAUAAACUGCAUUAUUGUGGGUUGUAGCACAUAUUUUCAGAUUUUUAGGAGCUAUUUUACAUGAGUAACUGCCUCUCUGGGAUCUACUCUAUGUAGAAAGGAUGAAGAACAGAUAAACACACUAUGAUUUAAAACAAAAACAAAUAAAAAAACCUAAUUCCAAAAGACUUUGCCUUCAGAAUAUUGUAAAAACUUGGUUAGUUUUGCACUUUUGUGCCAGCAAAUGUAGAAUAUUUUUCUCUGGCUGUUUUGUCUGAUUGUUAGAUACAUGCUAGGGCAGAUUUGAGAAUUGCAUUGGAGUAGCUGGCAGACUAAAAGCUGCCAGCUACAGGUAGAUACCAAAGUUAGGAGUUAGGUAAGGAAAUGGUUGGAGUUAGUGAGAUGCAGGGGAAAAAUUGGUAUUAAUUCCAGAUCAUAGCUAAUGGGAACAUAGGGAGAGAACUUAAUCUCCUCAUUCUCUGGAGCUGCCUGAUUGUUGAGGGGAAGAUACUGACACUCCAAGAGCCUCCUGGCUUGAAAGAUCUGAGGAGGAAACAGGCCUUUGUUUCUUAGUCUUUGCUACCUCAGGUAGAUGGUUGGUUCUUUGUGCAACUCCUGGGCCUGCCUCCUGAUUAGAACUCUGGGUGGCCGUGAAACUAACAACCAUGAAACUGUUCAUUUGUGGUGGCUGCAAAACUACUGGAGAAAGCACGCACCACAUACACACAGAGUUAUCUUUCUACAGAUUAAGAAAGUCAACACUGCGUUGACUUAAACUCGUAACGGAACUGAAUGUAUUUUAAGCACAAAGGCUAGUGAUAAUUUACUUUAAACAAAAGGUUAAAUUUAACAAAUUGUUUAGGCCCUCACACUAGCAAUGGCUUUCAGCUCAGGAGUGAUGAGUGGAUUUUUCAAGCCAUGUGCUAGACUCAUAUGCAUUCUUUCAUUUGUUCUGUUAAUAAGUCUGAUAUUCAGCCAGCUCCAGGGAAAAGUGAGCAACCUUCUAACACCUGAGAACCUCAGACUUAUUUGAAGUGCAUAUAGGGGAAAGGCAGGAACAUUUGAAGAACAAAAAGGGAAGAAGCUUCUUCUUAGAAAUAGCCAAGUCCACUAACUGUAAAGUGAUGGUGUUUUUUUUUGUUAUUGUCCUUGAUUUCUGUGGCCCUCGUCAGCCUAGUAUCUGAGUGCAUCUCUCAAAUUUUACAAUUAUGGUGAUGCACAGAUUUGUUUUUCCUUUCCAACAAGAAAUAGCCUUAGGGAUUUUGGGUGGCUUUUUCUGGGUGAAGAGGUGGAUGAUGAUCCUGCUUUGAGGUUACUUUACUUCUGUAAGGAAGAGUCAGUUGGGUAUGUUUUGGGGUUUUGUUUAUUUGUGUGGUUUUUUUUUAAACUGCUGACAUGGCACAUAUCCUUUCCAGCUGGAGUUAUUUUCUGUAGUUUCCACAAAAAAAUUUGGUGUGAGAAGAAUGAAACCUUCAGCAUCUCCUUGUCACCUGACAUCUCCCCCCACCCCUCCAUCCCAAUAUCUGUGGGCCUUUUUUUAAUAUACUGAUAGAGUACCAUGUUCUGCUUUGAAAAAUUGUAGGAAAAACUUAUCUGUUCCUACCAUGUCAACAGGCAAGACACUGGAAAGGCUAUCUCUAGCUUUUCAAAUGACCAUCACAGUGGUGGGAAGAGUUGGGGGGAAAUUUUCAGCUGGAAAAAUGCAGAUUGGGAUUGAGCAAAAUAUUUUGCAAAUACGUAUUGAAUGUGUGGAAUUGUCAGUCAGAAAAAAAAAAUCAGUGUUUCAAGAGUUUCAAAACAAAACUUCUUGAUUUUUUUUCUAUUCAAAUUGACUCUUUUUAAGAAAAUUACUUAAUAUUUCCAAACAAAAACAGUGGCAGGCUUGUGUGGCCAUUUCAGCUUAAAGUAUUUUAAUAAACUGUUUUUUCUAAGCUCGCUCUCAAUCAGAGCUGAGUAUUUCCACUGACCCUAAUGUUUCAGAGAACAGAAAUGCCUGCUGACCAAUGUGAAUUAUAAGGGCAAGUAUAAAAGGCCUCUUGGCUUCUCCCUCUCAAAUCACUGAACUUCUUUCCAAAGAGAGUGAUUUCAAAUAUACUUUUUUCACUAUGUUAUACGUAGAGAAUUUGUAUAAAGAAUUGAUGUAACGUCAGUGUGUUGCUUUUUUGGUGAUUGUCUAAUAUUGUUUUAAUAUACAGGUUGUGCAGUAUGCAUUUGUUGGUUAAUUAUGAACUACUCACCACUUUGGGGAUUGUAUGUUGGUGUGGUGGUUCACUAUAGUUCAUAGUCCAGUCUUGAGGAGUUAAAAUAGGUGGGAGAGAUGGUUGUUGUAGUUUGGAAACACUUUUUCCUCAAAAAAGAACUAUUUUUCUAAUCUCAAUCUCUGUGUUAUUCUAUGACAUAGUUUUGCAUCAGAUUUGAGAAACGCAUACAUACUCUGACAUAGUACAGUGUGUUUUAAAGCGUAUGGAAGUUGAUCAUUCUGCUUCUCUUUACUGAAAGCAUUAUGUAAAUAUAUAAAACUGACUUCAAUGAGAGGAGAAGUUUAAACUGCGAAGAAUAACUUUUAAACAAUGUACAUGAUAUUUACCAGAGUGAUGUAAAUCCUAGGCAGUUACCUCAUCUUAUUUAUGAGGAAACUAAAAAAUGAAGGAAAUUGCGAUUCUGUAGGGAAUAAGACACAUUUUUUUUUUUUUUUUUUUUUUUUUUUUAAUACUCCAUUAUUUCCUGGAGAGGGAGCUUACAGAAAGAUGGCUUUUUUUUAAGCAGUUGCCACUGUUGUUUUAUACAAUGCCAACAAGCAUUUGGGGGCACCUUUUUUUAAGUACCAGAGGACAAUUAGUUGCCCAACUCCCUGACAUUCAGUGGGAAUUGGACGUUUAUCACCCUUUAUUUUGAAAAUCUCCCUUUCAGUUCUCAGGCACUUUAUUACAAUGGUGUAUCUUCUUCUAAAAUAAUUGUUUACUUUGGAGGAUAGGAUUUUAUUAUUUAAACUAAGAUUUCGCUUCUGCAAGUGUGGUUAAGAGAGGCUUUAAACAACUAAAAUUGAUGUGAAAAUAAUGUGGUUCACCAUCAUGAAUCUUAACUUCUAAAUACCUUUAAAUUGGAUAGAUGGCCUGAGAACAGCACAUAACACACCUAUAUAUUCAUUUUAGUUCAAUGAACAAACUUGGAAAUUAAGUGUCGGAGUCAAUGGAAACAUGAGCAAGUCACACCAAUGGUCAUACCCUCAGGCUGGGGUUGUGAGGUCAGAGAAGGGUCACUAAAGCAAUUGUCUUGCACAUAAAUCAAUGCACAAGCAGUAUAGACUUGUGCAUUACACACAGCUACUUCUGGCUUUUCAGUUUGGAGAUGAUGGAAGAAAAAUGUAAGAAGACGUAUGUUCAGGUCAAGUCUUUUCAGCGACUUGUUUUCUGUGCAACGAAUUUCUAAUGUAUUUGAUGUUUGUUCUGAUACUGUGCCCUUAAAAAUGUAAUUGUGUUUUUAUUAUAUGGGGUGAGAAUUUUCCUUUUAAGGAACAGUAGCUGUAACAAUUAUUCAUGGUCAUAAGCAGUCAGUUACUUCAGUUCAAUGCAUUUCUUUUUAUUAUGCACUUUACACUCCUUUGGAAUGGAUGAGCUUGUCACCUCAGUCCUUGAUGAUAGUCUGCUCAUAGUAGUAAACCACAAUGAAAGAUUGAGUUGGCAAGAAGGUUGAAUUAAGCUUUACCUUUAUUAAGGCUGCCUAUUUUAAGGUGUGAGUCAAUUGUUCUGCCAUUGUCAUGAAGCAUGUUUUUGCAUUUGCUCUAUAUUUUUGGUAUUUUGUUAAAUAAACAUCCCAAGUUUUUGUGCAUACAUAGUUCUUUAAAUUUACAAAAACUGUCUCCAAGGGUGGUUAGUCAGGAAAAAAAAAAGUCAUAUCAGGUUGCCCUGAUUUAGCCUUAAUACUUUUCAACAACUUUAGAGAAGAAUGAAUUUCUACUGGAAAGGACUGUACUAUAUGCUAUUUCUGUAUUAAUAUUUUAUUAUUAAACUUAAAAUUU